CUGUUGUGGUGUUGUGCAAAAUGCCCCCCCUCAAGCUCAACAGCAAGAACCUCGCCGCGAUCCUGAACGCCGGCAAGGGCCAGAUUAAGGUCCCUACCUACCCUCGCAAUGGCGCCGUCAAGGAAGGUAUUGUCCAUAUCGGCGUCGGCGGCUUCCACCGAGCCCAUUUGGCCGUCUAUAUCGACCGGCUGAUGCAGAACCACGGCGUCACUGACUAUGCGAUCGCCGGUGUUGGUCUGACCCCCUUUGACAAGAAGAUGCGCGAUAUCCUCAGGUCUCAAGACCACCUCUACACCGUCAUCGAGCGAUCGGCCAAGGGCAGCUUCGCCAACGUGGUCGGCUCGAUCAACUCGUUCCUCUUUGCUCCUGACGACCGCGAGGCCGUCGUCGCCAAGAUGGCCCACCCGGACACACACAUCGUCUCCCUGACUAUCACCGAAUCCGGCUACUACUACAAUGAGAACACGCACGAGCUCGUAAGCGAGCACCCGGACAUCCAGUUUGACCUCGACCCUGCCAACGAAAAGACGCCGCGCACUACCUUUGGAUUCCUCUACGCCGCCCUCGCCCGCCGCUUCAAGCAGGGCCUCAACCCGUUCACCGUUAUGUCCUGUGACAACAUGCAGAAGAACGGCGCGAUCACGCGCCAUAUGCUUGAGUCUUUUGCCCGCCUGCGCAACCCGGAAAUCGCCGAGUGGAUCUCGAAGAAGGGCCACUUUCCCAACGCCAUGGUUGACCGUAUCACGCCGCAAACUGCUCCCGCUGACAUCACCGCGCUCGCCAACGACUUUGGUAUCCAGGACGACUGGCCCGUCGUCACGGAGCCGUUCAUGGACUGGGUUAUUGAAGACCACUUCUGCGACGGCCGCCCUCCCUUCGAGAAGGUUGGCGUCAAAGUCGUCAAGGAUCUGCGCGCGGUCGAAGAGUAUGAAAAGCACAAGCUCCGUCUCCUGAACGGGUCGCACUCGGCAAUCGGAUACGCAGGCCAGCUCGCCGGCUUCCAGUACGUCCACGAAGUUCUGCAGAAUGACACGUACAAGAAGUUUCUCUGGCAGAUGAUGCAGGAGGAAGUCAAGCCUCUCCUCCCUGAGAUCCCCGGUGUCGACAUCGACGAGUACUGCCGCACCCUGAUUGAGCGUUUCUCCAACCCGACUAUCAAGGACCAGCUCCCCCGCAUCUGCCUCAACGCCUCCGGCAAGAUCCCUCAGUUCAUCAUGCCGUCCAUCGCCGAGGCGAUCUGGGUGACCGGACCUUUCCGCCGUCUGUGCUUUGUCGCCGCCGCCUGGUUCCGUUACCUGCACGGUGUUGACGAUGCUGGCAACAAGUUCGACAUCGAGGACCCCAUGCUCGAAGAGCUGCAGGCGAAGGCUAAAGCUGGAGGGCUGGAACCCCACGAGAUCCUGAGCAUCAAGAGCCUCUUCGGUGAUGAUCUUCGCGGUGACAAGCGCUUCUUGCAGGAGAUCACCACGGCGAUGCAGUUGAUCGAUCGCGAUGGCGUGCUCAAGACGAUGCCUAAGUACGUUGAUUAAACAUUCAACAGCCAGCCUUAGUUUGUUUAAUUACUCGUUCUUUCUGAAUUUUCGGGAGGCAUUUGUACAAAACCCGUCUUCGACUUUGUUUGGCUUGGGAUAGAGAUAGACGAUGAUAGACAAAAGUCUGUUCAUGGAUGGAUUCUCGCUUUGACGGACAGGAUUGGGUCCGGUUUUAUUUGGGUUUUAUUCAUCUUUUUUUUGUUAAUCUUUGGGUUUUGUGGAUAUGAUACGAACACGAUAGCUUGGGAUUUCGAUUUCGAUUGCGAUUGCGACUGCGGUUUUCUUAGGGUUUUUUUAAUACAUGAUUUUGAUUGGGUUGAGUCCUGCAAGUGCAGUUCAGCCCAGCUAGACG